AGCCUUCGGUGUAUGCAAGAUAGUGAGCCCUUCCUUUCAAAAGCCUCUCUCUCUUGGAAUUACCUUUUCUCCUCAAACUCAAAGAAAGAAAGAGAGAGAAACAAUGGUGGCGCUUUGCGUUUCAAGGUCAGACGACGUCGUAAUAAAGUCACCGAAUGAUAAGAGACUGUAUAGAGUGAUUGAACUAGAGAACGGACUCUGUGCUUUGCUCGUUCACGAUCCAGAGAUUUAUCCAGAUGGAGUUCCAGAUGAAUCUGGAACAGUAGAAUAUAGUGAAAAUGAUGUUGAAGAAGAGGAAGACGACGAUGACGACGAUGACGACGACGAAGAAGAAGACGACGAGGAGGGGGAGGAGGAGGAAGAAAAUAGUGAAGGAGAGGAAGAGAAAGGAAAGGGAGGUGCUUCUUUGCAGACUAAGAAGGCAGCGGCAGCAAUGUGUGUAGCAAUGGGGAGCUUUUCUGAUCCUGCUGAAGCCCAGGGUCUUGCUCAUUUUCUAGAACACAUGCUUUUCAUGGGGAGUGAAGAGUUUCCAGAUGAGAAUGAGUAUGAUAGUUUCUUGUCCAAGCAUGGAGGCUCAUCAAAUGCAUAUACUGAAGCUGAGCAUACCUGCUACCAUUUUGAAGUCAAACGUGAAUUUCUUAAGGGUGCUUUGAGAAGAUUUUCUCAGUUUUUUGUUUCACCCCUCAUGAAAUCUGAAGCUAUGGAAAGAGAGGUACUUGCUGUGGAUUCAGAAUUUAACCAGGUUUUGCAAAGCGAUGCUUGCCGCCUUCAACAGCUGCAAUGCCAUACAUCUAGACCUGGUCAUCCAUUUAACAGAUUUUCCUGGGGCAAUAAGAAGAGCCUUGUUGAUGCCAUGGAGAAAGGGAUAAAUUUGCGGGAGCACAUAUUAAAAUUAUAUAGAGAUUACUACCAUGGUGGGCUAAUGAAGCUGGUUGUCAUUGGAGGAGAACCUCUGGAUGUACUUGAGAGCUGGGUUACUGAAUUGUUCGCUAAAGUCAGAAAAGGUCCUCAGACAAAGCCAAAAUUUCAGGUGGAAGGCCCUAUAUGGAAAGCUGGUUUGCUUUAUAGGUUAGAGGCUGUAAAAGAUGUGAACAUCCUCGAUUUAACAUGGACACUACCUUGUCUUCACCAAGAUUAUCUGAAGAAAUCUGAAGAUUAUUUAGCCCAUCUGCUUGGGCAUGAGGGCAAAGGAAGCUUGCAUUCAUUUCUCAAAGCAAGAGGAUUGGCAACUUCCUUGUCUGCAGGAGUUGGGGAUGAAGGAAUGCAUCGAUCUUCUUUAGCUUACAUCUUUGGCAUGUCCAUUCACUUGACUGACUAUGGCUUGGAAAAGAUUUUUGACAUCAUUGGCUUUGUUUAUCAAUACCUUAAGCUGUUACGAGAAGUUCCGCCUCAACAAUGGAUAUUUAAGGAACUACAGGAUAUUGGAAACAUGGAAUUUAGAUUUGCAGAAGAGCAACCUCAGGAUGAUUAUGCUGCAGAACUUGCAGAAAAUUUGCUUGUUUUCCCAGCAGAAAAUGUUAUAUAUUGUGACUAUGUGUACAAGAUUUGGGAUGAGAAAGCUAUAAAACAUUUACUGCAGUUCUUUACACCAGAAAACAUGAGGAUUGAUGUGGUGUCCAAGCCAUCUGUGAAGUCUCAAGAUCUCCAAUGUGAGCCUUGGUUUGGAUCAUCUUAUAUUGAAGAAGCUAUUCCGCCAUCUUUGAUAGAAAUAUGGAGGGACCCAUCAGAAGUUGAUGUUUCAUUACAUAUGCCUUCAAAGAAUGAGUUUGUUCCGAGUGACUUUUCAAUUCGUGCUGAUAACUUAGACCAUGAUCCUGUCAUUGCACCCUUCCCAAGAUGUAUAAUUGAUGAACCAUUAAUGAAGUUCUGGUACAAGCUUGAUAGCACUUUUAAAGUACCUCGUGCAAAUACAUAUUUCCGCAUAUAUCUGAAAGAGGGAUAUGCAAGCAUGAAGAGUUUUCUCAUGACUGAACUGUUUAUUCUCCUUCUGAAAGAUGAGCUGAAUGAGAUAAUUUAUCAGGCCAGUGUAGCCAAGUUGGAAACAUCCAUAUCUCUUGUGAGUGACAAGCUGGAGCUAAAGGUUUAUGGUUUCAACGAGAAGCUCCCAGCUCUCUUAUCUAAGGUUUUGGUGAUAGCGAAAUCUUUUUUGCCAUCUGAUGAUCGUUUUAAGGUUAUUAAAGAGGAUUUGGAGCGAAAUUUAAAAAAUGCUAAUAUGAAGCCUCUAAGUCAUUCAUCAUACUUGAGGCUUCAAGUUCUGUGUAAGAGCUUCUACGAUGUCGAGGAGAAGCAAUGUGUUCUAAGUGACCUGUCUCUUGCUGAUUUAAAUGCAUUUAUUCCUGAGCUUCGUUCACAGCUCUAUAUCGAGGCCCUUUGCCAUGGCAAUUUGUUACAAGAAGAAGCAAUCAACUUAUCAAAUAUAAUUAGAAAUAACUUGUCUGUACAACCACUUCCAGUCAAUAUGAGGCAUGAAGAGCAUGUAAUAUGUCUUCCAUCUAGUGCCAAUCUUGUGAGAGAUGUCAAAGUGAAGAAUAAAUCAGAAACAAACUCUGUGGUCGAGCUUUAUUUCCAAAUUGAGCCAGAAGUGGGGUUGGACUCAAUAAAAUUGAAGGCCUUGGCAGAUCUUUUUGAUGAAAUUGUGGAAGAACCACUUUUUAAUCAGCUAAGGACAAAAGAGCAGCUUGGCUAUGUUGUUGAAUGUAGCCCGCGUGUGACCUAUCGUAUUAAUGGGUUUUGUUUCAUAGUCCAAUCUUCCAAGUACAACCCAGUUUACUUGCUAGGAAGGAUUGAAAAUUUCAUAAAUGGGCUUGAAGAGUUGUUAGAAGGACUUGAUGAUGCAUCCUUUGAGAACUACAAAAGUGGGUUAGUGGCUAAGCUACUGGAGAAAGAUCCUUCCCUCCAGUAUGAAACCAAUCGGCUGUGGAAUCAAAUAACCGAUAAAAGAUAUGUGUUCGACUCCUCACUGAAAGAAGCAGAAAAGCUUGAAACCAUUCACAAGAGUGAUGUCAUCAACUGGUUCAGAACCUAUUUGCAACAAUCAUCGCCGAAGUGUAGGAGACUUACGAUUCGGCUUUGGGGUUGCAACAUCGACUUGAAAGAAGUUGAAACUCGAGCAGAUUCUGAGCAGGUUAUUACAGACAUCACUGCCUUUAAGGUAUCAUCCGAGUACUAUCCGAGCCUUUGCUGAAUAUGUGAGAAAAUUCAAUUCAUGCAAUAACCAUCGAAGGCCAGGUUUGAACAGUAGAUGGUAGGUGGAUUGGAAACUAUAUUAUCUCUUGCACUUCAGAAUAGGAACUGAAAAUAAAAAACAUUGACCAUUCAUGUCACACUAUAUUCUUUUGGAAUUUUUUGUAGACCACAAAUAAAGUUUGUUCUGUUUAUUUA